AUGGUCAUGUUUACAAUUGCUGACGUAUCCAAAGGCGCCACGGACGAAGACAUGGAUGCGCCGUCAACUUCUGGCCGGACCCUGAUAAGGCAGCUCCUGCGAGGACCGCGUCCGGAGCUUUUCCAAGCUCAUCCCAAAAUCCGGCAGCUGCAUCAUAUUUUGCGCGGCAAUCACAGUCAUCUGCGCGGCUUAGAGCGACCACUUGGUACUGUCUUCCUGCCCGCCUACAUUUGGGGCGCCGUGUCCUCCUUGCUGGGCCUCCACUUCGCGCUGCCCGCGGUGUCCGGUGCCGCUGUGGGCGGCCUCUUCGCCGCCGUCAACCGCUUUUGCAACCGCCGCGUGUGGCCCUCACCCCGCCAGCCCAUCACGGUGGUCAUUACGGGGGGGUCUCGGGGCCUAGGUAAGGCCCUGGCGCGAGAGUUCCUGGCCGCGGGGGACCGAGUGGUGGGUGUGGCGUGUGAUGUCAGCGACCCGGCGGGGCUAGCGGCGGUGGAGGUGGCGGCGGUGGCGGCGUUUGGUCAGGUGGACGCCUGGGUCAACAACGCCGGCUACUCAGGCGCCUUCCAGGUGCUGCUGGAUCAGCGGGACGAGCAAAUUGAGCAGGUGGUGCGCACCAACCUCCUCGGCACGCUGUUGAGCACCCGGCAAGCCAUCAGCUUGUUCAGUCGGCAGCCAGGGGGCGGCCACGUCUUCAACGUGGACGGCGCGGGUGCGGACGGCUUCCCCACGCCCAACUACGCGGCGUACGGCGCCACCAAGGCAGGUGUAACCCACCUCACAGCCACGCUGCAACGGGAGCUGGAGGGUACGGCUGUACGACUGCAUACCGUGUCGCCGGGCAUGAUUCUGACGGAUCUGUUGUUGGAGGGGGCUACGGCCGCCAACAAACAGGCCUUCAACAUCCUGUGCGAGCACCCAGAGACGGUGGCCGCAUUUCUGGUCCCCAGGAUUAAGUCCGCGGUGGCGCGGGACGUCUCCGGCACCUACACGCGCUACCUGACCCCCACCUCCGCGCUCUUGCGGCUCGCCACGGCGCCCUCGCGUCUGGGGCGCUUCUUCGACGGCUCCGGACAGCCCGUCUACCCAAGCGAGAGGGACCGCAUCCUGGGUCGACAUGCCAAGGUGACGGCGCGGCUCCAGGCGGCGGCGCGGCGGCAGAACGGCGGCCUGGCGCUGGCGUAUAACUUGUCCGUACUGGCGGGAGUGUUGGUGAUGCUGGCGGAGGCGCCGGUGCUGCGGGGCUGAGCGAAGAGGCGGAGGCGGGGAGUUCAGCUGGUAAUGGUCUGUUGUUGCGAUCUUUGCGAGCGGGUGGAGGUGGCGGAGGUACCAGUGACGAUGCCGGGCGAAACCGCUUAAGCGGCGGCAUAUUGCCGCUGCCGGCGCCGCCGCCUCCACCCCUCCCCGCCGCAGCCAGUGGCCCUUUUGAACCAUCAAAGCUACCAUUCAUCAUAAGUUACAAGUUCCGCAUGCAAGUGCGGGUGUUUUGUCCGUUAAAGCCGGGGGGCCCAUGGACGAAUCAUUCGUAAGUGAGGGCGGGGAGCUUGAGAGAGAGAGAGAGAUUUCUUCGGAAGACGAUUUUUGGGCCGAUCGAGUGAGGGGUAGUGGUAGCGAUAGGGGCAGGGGGUAAGGGGAGGGAGAGGGAGAGGGAGGAGGGGGCAGGUCAGGUCUUCUGGCUCGAGUGAAGUCGACAGCUAACCGGGCUUUGUGACGGGGGCUAGCUGGCAGCACCAGCUAGCGGUUGGUUCGCUGGCCGGUCCGGUACCUUCCGCGGUGUGACAGACAGACAGACGGAUGGAUGGAUCCCCGGGGCUGCUGGCGGGCGGACAGCCUAGUUAGCGGGCAAGUGGGGGGUUCUAAGUGGCACGCGCCACGUGGCGUUUACCGGUGUAUUGCUUGGCGUCGAAACCGAU